AUGGGGUGGACCCUGUUCACAUAUCCCGAACCACCACUCUCUCUUGCAGUGGCACAUGCUUGCGCCUUCUUCGUGACAGCCAGUUACGUCGGUAUCUUAUACGCCUCAAAAGGAGCUCGUUUGAGUAACAAACAUGAUCGCACGGACGCGACCCCGCUGCGGGGGACACGGGACGAUCCAGCAAUAAUCCGAGCACGACUUGUGGCGGUCUCCUUCAGCACCUUCACCUCGCUGUUCGGUUUUGUAAUCCUGCUCCAAUGUGUUGAGGACAGAUCCCGCACGGAUAGUGCUGACUGGGAGUUGUGGAUGACCACUUUCCGAUCGGCGAUCUUGCGCUUGGGGCUCCAACUGGAUCUAUCCAGCCGGUGGUUGGCGUAUUUAGUCACCCCAAUGCUCUUCGCUGGCUCGCUGUACGCGCAAUAUCUAUUCCUGAAAUUACCCGGGCAGAGCCGAUGGACUGUGCGGGGGUCCUUACUGCCGUUGUUCAACACGUGGACGGGUUUGCGGAACUUCGUAUUCGGUCCUAUCACCGAAGAACUGGUGUUUCGUUCGUGUAUCCUUGCGGCAUAUCACCUCGCGGGUGCUUCGAAGCGCUUCAUGAUCUUCGUUACCCCGCUUUGGUUCGGCUUAGCCCACGUACAUCAUGCUCUUGAAACGUACCAGCGACUUGGUCAAACACCUCAGGCUCUGAAGACAGCGCUGGUUUCCAGUCUUUUCCAGUUCGGCUACACAACACUCUUUGGAUUUCAUGCUGGGUAUCUAUUUCUCCGCACAUCAUCCAUUUGGCCGCCUAUCGUGGCCCAUGUGUUCUGCAACAUCAUGGGACUUCCGCAGAUAAGUUGGGAAAUGAAGUGCUUUCCGACGAAAAGACAUUCGAUCAUGGUCAUGUAUAUUCUAGGAGUGGUGGGAUAUAUCUAUUCGAUGUCAGCAUGGACACGCGUUCCAGGUAGCUUGUACUGGAAUGACAACGGAUAUUAG